CGUGCCUCUGCUCUCUCUCGUCCUCUCGUAGCUAGCUUCGUUCACUCACUGCUCGAGUGCUCGGUGGGUGCAAAAAAUACACACCUUGCCAUGCCGGCCACCGCCGCUCUCUGGCCGGCGCCGGCGUGGGUGGCGGUCGUCGCGCUGUGGACGCUGCUUGCCGCCGCCGCGGUCGGCCUGUGGACGCUGCUGUCCCGCAGCACGCUCCUGCCGGCCGUGUCCUGGCCCGGACGGCGGCGGGGCGCGAGCGAUAAUAAGGAGGCGGCCCGGCUCCCGCCCGGCAGCUUCGGGUGGCCGCUCGUCGGCGAGACGCUGGACUUCGUGUCCUGCGCCUACUCGUCGCGACCGGAGGCCUUCGUCGACAAGCGCCGCCUCCUGCACGGGAGCGCGGUGUUCCGGUCGCACCUGUUCGGGUCGGCGACGGUGGUGACGUCGGACGCGGAGGUGAGCCGGUUCGUGCUGCAGAGCGACGCGCGCGCCUUCGUGCCGUGGUACCCGCGCUCGCUGACGGAGCUCAUGGGCAAGUCCUCCAUCCUGCUCAUCAACGGCAGCCUGCAGCGCCGCGUCCACGGCCUCGUCGGCGCCUUCUUCAAGUCGCCGCAGCUCAAGGCGCAGGUCACCGCCGACAUGCAGCGCCGCCUCGCGCCCGCGCUCGCCGCCUGGCGCGCCCAGGGCCCCGGCGCGCGCAUCCGCAUCCAGGACCACGCCAAGGCGAUAGUGUUCGAGAUCCUGGUGAAAGGACUGAUCGGGCUGGAGGCAGGCCCGGAGACGCAGCAGCUCAAGCAGCAGUUCCAGGAAUUCAUUGUCGGCCUCAUGUCCCUUCCGAUCAAGCUGCCGGGGACUAGGCUCUACAGAUCCCUCCAGGCCAAGAAGAGGAUGGCGAGGCUGAUACAGAGGAUCAUACAGGGGAAGAGGAGGCCGAAAGUCCUCGACGGCGACGAGGGGCCGCGAGCGCCGCCGCGCGACGCCAUCGACGUGCUCAUAAGCGGCGGCAGCGACGAGCUCACCGACGAGCUGAUAUCCGACAACAUGAUCGACCUGAUGAUCCCGGCGGAGGACUCGGUGCCGGUGCUCAUCACGCUCGCUGUCAAGUUCCUCAGCGAGUGCCCUCUUGCUCUGCAACAACUGGAGGAGGAGAACAUGCAGCUCAAGAGGCGAAAAACCGACAUGGGCGAGACCUUGCAGUGGACGGACUACAUGUCACUGUCAUUCACACAGCAGGUGAUAACGGAGACACUGCGGAUGGGCAACAUCAUCAACGGGAUCAUGCGCAAGGCGGUACGGGACGUCGAGGUGAAGGGGCACCUCAUCCCCAAAGGCUGGUGCGUGUUCGUGUACUUCCGAUCGGUCCACCUCGACGGCAAGCACUACGAUGAGCCCUACAGGUUCAAUCCAUGGAGGUGGAAGGAGAAGGACACGAGCACCAGCAGCUUCACUCCUUUUGGUGGUGGGCAGAGGCUGUGCCCAGGCCUGGAUCUGGCCAGGCUGGAAGCUUCAAUCUUUCUCCAUCACUUGGUCACCAGCUUCAGGUGGGUGGCGGAGGAGGACCACAUCGUCAACUUCCCAACCGUGCGGCUGAAGCGAGGCAUGCCCAUCAAGGUCACCAGCAAGGACUGACUGGCCAGCCGCCGCUUGCAUUGUGGACGAUGACUUCAUUUGAUGCAGAUUUCAGAUCCGCCAGGGUUUGCAGCAACCUAGCUCUUACGCAAGCUCUACUACACACUAUCAUAUCAUAUAUAGGCUCGAAUAGCAUCCAUGAAGGAAGGGCCCUCUUGAUUUGGAGAUGGCAAGAACAUUGCUAUGCAUUUGGAUGUGGAGGUGUACAGAAGAGAGGAAGAGGAAGGUUAGGAAGAUUGAUCGGCCAGGAAGCAUGUUUACUAAUAUUUGGUUAGUACUAAGCGUAGUAUUAGUAUAGUGUUAUACUAGCCAUGGCCCGUCAUGGAUAGGCCUCAAGGCUUGCAUGGUGUCUACUAUAGAGUACUAUAUGUCAUGAUGCCCGGCUAAAAUGAAAUGAAAUGAAAGAUUAAGUGGUGCUGGAUUGUGAUCAAAGCAUUGGGUCCUAGUGUUA